AGUGGUAAACAGCUCCUGGUCAGGCAUCUGGACAAUGCAUCGACGUCAGACCUGCUCUCUCACAUUCACACUCCAGUGACGCCGGUUCACUUUGCCAAGGAGCUGCAUGGGGUGUAAUGUUUGAGAGACAGACAGCAAGAAAAGAGAGAGCGCAGGGUGGUGGGGGCGUAGGAGUGUGGAUGAAAGAGAGAGUGAGUUCCUCAUAAGUCGUCAGGACUGCAAGGGAUCUCAUAACAGAAGAGACGGAGAGAUCAGACGAGGCUACAUCUGCAAUACAGCUGACAACAACUCAAGACACAGAAGAGGGUCUAGAAGGAACCCAGUGAGACAAAUUGAGGAUAUCACUGACCUAACAUGAUGGAAGUGGUCCUAACCAGACUGCGGGACUUCUCCUGCAAGACCUCCACCUUCGAUGACAGUAAACCAGCAGGGCAGAGUGCAUGCAGGGAUCCUCGGAGCAGGACUGACUGCCUCAGUGAAGGGCGCACAGCGGGAUGGGAAGGCAGAAAACUGGACAUAGAGAGUGCACUGGCCUGGCUGCGAAGGGAACUGAUGGAGAUGCGUUCCCAGGACCAAGCUCUGAUCCGGCAGCUGAUGGAGCUGCACUCCGGCAUCCAGGAGUUCAAGCAGGAGCUGUCUGAGGAGGAGCAAGAGGAGGAAAUAGACGAGGGGGAAGAGGUGGAGGAAGAGGAGGGAAGCUACUGGGACUGUGAGAGCGAACGAGGAAGUGGCAGCGUCUACUCCAGCUCAGGGGAGGUGGGCUUUUCCAUUUCCUUCCUGAAGAUGCCGCCGCCCCUUUACUCAGGGGUUUUAUCGAAGAGGGUGUUCAACAGGAGAAGCUCUGUGCCCUGAGAAUUAAAACUAUUAGAAGAAAUUCAACUUUUGAAGUCUCUCCUCCACUUCCUCAUAUCUUCUAAGACAGCCAACAGCAAGACAAGGUGGAGCAAGUUAAAUACAUUUGCAGUUUCCCACCAUAAAUUCUUCCCUUCCCUGUUUGUACUGACUGUAGUUGAGGAAAGAUAAAAGGAAAGCAUGUAAGCAGUGGUGUCAUAUAGGCUUAUAAUGGCUUUACUUUGUGGAUGCAAAAGUAAUUUUCACUUAAAUCCUGGCACAAAACACAAUAUGUCAACACAAUAUGUCACUCUCACGGCUUCUUUAGCUUACAGUUUCCUUCUGUUAAUUCUAAUAUCAUUACAAAGAUAUGAAACUGUAAAUUAAAAUAUGACCCUUUUUGACUGUUAGAGACUUCUGGAAAUGCACUUCUUUUGCUUUCUUGCCGAGAGUUAUGUCCAGCAUUCGACUAGCUUUGCUUAGCAUAAAGAUUGGAAACAGAGGGAACAGCUAGCUUUACACUUCAGUUUGUACAGAUGAAACAAACAAGAUACAACAAAUUAAUUAGUGAGCUUUAGAGCUGCUGGAUUUUGUUGCCAGACUAGCUGUUAAGCUAAGCUAACCAACUGGCAGCUGUAGCUUCAUAUACCAGACAGAUAUGAGAGUGGUAUUAAUCUAUUCAUCUAAUUCUGACUACGCUUUUUCCAAAAUGUCUUUGAGUUUGUAUGUAAAUUGUAAGAGAGGAUAAUAAAAAUCUGUAUUAAACACUUUCCUAAAGG